CCGGAAUGUUUCACCUUAUCAUAUGAGUAGCAAAUUUAAGCUCAAUUGCUUGCCAUUCCCACAGAGUAGUUUAAUACAAGAUGUAAGGCUUUGGAUGUGGUUCAUCCAUCUCGGGAUUGUUGUUGAGAAUUGCUAUGUCAUAUAAACAGGAGUAACGAUUGAAUAGCAAAGGGGAUUCCAAUUUUGCAUCAUCCUCAAUUUCGUGGAACAGAAAGCCCUCACCCGUAAGACCUUUGACACAUUUACCAAUAUGCCACGCCUAUUUCUCGAUGUGCAAUAAACCAAGCCAAAGAGAGACCCAUGACGAAGAAUGCCCACGUCUACUUCCUCUACCGAGUUUUGCCAUCCUUCCCUACCGUCCCAUUCCACUGUAGUCGGAUAGAAGGACGAACAAAUCCUCCUCCUAGAGACCUUCUCCUCUCCAUCCAAGUCAAGGGGGGAGAGGACGGACGUAUGGCCUCCGAAGUUGUACACUCCGAGUGCCAGAGCCAACAAAUGCGGUGGACGAGAGAGCGCAGAAAGUCCUCUUGUAUACGAAAGCUCGUCCUUUGGUGCAAGGUUGUUCCUUCGUCUUCUUUUCAACUUUUAGUUCUCCUUCUCCGACGGUUGCGCUUCUACCAUCCCGGGUAGAAAAUCUUUGGAACAGUGGUCCCCAUAUCUUCUAAUGCACUGCGGCCACUAGAGGCUGUUUUCCUCGACACCCUUACUGAACAUUCGUUGCGAGAACGUGUAAGGGCCAACACGUCUUGGAAGUCCCCCCAGAAUUUGUGCCACGACAGACAGCGAAGGAACGAAGGAACACGUUGGGCCGCUCCUUCAUUGAAGGAAGAGGAAGAACAACAACACAAAAAAUCCUCCUUGCGAAAGAGACCCUUCUUCCACAAGCCAAGAACAAUAUCUCUGGUAACAUCAGUGGCUUCGUCUUUUCCAAGGGUGCUUCCAACGAAACUGUGUUGUAUGCAUUGGUAUUAGAGCUCGCACAUAGUCGCAUAGUCGAGUCUCGUGGUCCCUUUCACUUACACAAUCGACACCAUUGUGGACCGACCGGCGGACGAACGGACCGGAGAACGAAUUACUGGAAUAUUCAGAUCACGAUCUGGAAUCUCCUGUCCUGACUACACUUCCUUGGGCACCGAGAAUGGUCAAUUGAAUCAGUGAUUCAGCAUUGCUUGGAAAGUCAUUGUUGUCUCAAGAGGUGACCGAGUUCCUACGUACCUUAUUCCUUCGACAACACAAGACUCCCUAUCGGAACGAGCUUGGGCUGGUCGAGGUCGAUGAGUGCUCGCCUUUUGUUGGAAGUGGAAUUAAGCAAACAUGGUCCUUGAGGCGAAAAAAACUCGUCCAUGAUGGUGACAACAACAGUGGUCCCAUUCUCCUGGCUUUACUUAAGCGUCAUCUUCGGGUCUUGGAAAAGUUUGAUGGAACAGCCAUGAGUGGUUGCUUGAGAGAACAGGCCUUCUUUUCCGUCUAGCUACCACUUCCUUCCUUCCUGCUCAACAGUACUGUGGUAAUCUUACAAUACUAACGGGUGUUCCUCGGCCGGAGUUAGCCAGCUCUUGGUCUGUUGGUUGGUUAGUUGCUUGGCUUGCGUGUUUCCCCAUCUAGCUUGCCUAGCCAUCAUCAGUGUCCUCAAAGAUGAAUACCCCCUCAACCACCGUUCUCCCAUGCAUAGAAGUAACAACAACAACAACAACAUCAAGACCAAGUGGAAACUACCAGAGGAACAGUACUUGCUCUGGCGUCAGCAGCACUUCAAGUUGUGGAACACCAAGACCUAAAGAACGACCGGUUUUGCUUCUCGAAGCAGCCAACCGACUACAAGUGGGACCAUAGAAGGGUCUGGCCGGUUGUUGUCUCCCCCAAGUGCACAAUUUCGAGGCAAAGGAAUGCCUGCCUGUUCCUGCUUCUUCUUGUCCUUCUCCUCGUCCUCCCUCCCCCCCUCCUCCUUCUCUUCUAUGUAUGUGAGCUGAGUAGAUCCACGGGUUGAAGGGGAGAAAACGCUUCUUCCUCUUACUUGGGUGAAAGAUGAGACUACCACGAAGGAAACUGAAACUGACAAGGGGAAAACUUGUCAAGAUGAGCCAGGAACGCCAGAAGCUCAGUUUCUUUAUUGUUAUAAUCUUUUUAGCUAUUUUUGGGAUCAUCGUCUUAGCUGAGGUAUUCCUUGUAGAAGACGUCAGGAACAGAUCUGACCUGGGCGAGUUCCAAUAUGAUGAAACGUCGUGGGAAACUCCCAAGCCCUUGUCUUUGCUCCUUGAGAGUGUGGGCUCCACGAAUCAUCAACAACAUCAUCAUCAUCGACAACAGAAAGAUCUGUACCGAAGUGGGAUCCAGUCACGGAACGCACCCAAGAAUGAGCGGUUCCAAAAAAGCCUUCAGCAACAUCAGGAGGAGAUGGAGCGUCUCAUUCGCAAUAUUUCAUCUCGGAUCCAUACCUCAAUGGCAGCAGCGGUGGCUGCUUCCAUGCCCAAAACCAAAACAGCGCUUCCAAUCAACCGUCCCUACAAUUAUUCCGCCAAUGACCCUCCUCUUGACUUGCGUUACGACUUUUCUCUGAAGAACCACACCGGAUUCGAUGCCAUUUGGCAACCAGUGGAAGGCUCGCUCCAAAAAUUUUAUGUGUACUCAGCUUACUAUGAUGCCCGGGUUGAGUCCAAACGUGUUGUCAGGAUCAUUGGUGCUACCAAAACCAAACAACCCGAACGGGUGUGGUGUCAGUUUCACUAUCGCAAUCAGAGUGGUUCCACCGUGCAUUAUCAUCCAUCUAGCAUCACCGUGAUACGUGAGAAUUGGAAUCUUAAAUACAGUGCUUGCUUCGUGCUGUGCCCGAUUCCUUCUGAAAACAAAGCUCCCGAGUCUGUGAGUGUGAUAUCCAAUGCAUCAAAGUUGAAAGGGAAUGUCACAGCCUCUAAUCAGCUUCCAGUUCACAACUUUGAAACGGGUACUGGUAGUGAGCUGCCACCCAAUAAAGAUGAGAUGGGUGUGUGUGUAAAGCCUAUUCACUUCCAUUACGACCAAGUUUUGGAAGUGGUCGAGUUCAUCGAACUGAACAGAAUCCUGGGCGUGAGCAAAUUCACAUUCUACAAUGACACCAUGUCUCCUCGAGUGAGUUGUCUCCUCCGCCAUUACGAAAGUCUCGGUGUGGUGGAAAUCCUCCCCUGGAAGCUGAACAUUCAAUCCCAGGCCGAGAUCCGAACCGAAGGUCUCUUUGCGGCUUUGAACGAUUGUCUCUAUCGGAACAUGAAUCGCUUCCAUUAUCUGAUGCUAAUAGACUUUGAUGAAUACAUUAUUCCUCAUCAGAACCGAACAUUGCCAGAUAUGCUGCAAUUCAUCAACUCCCAACGACGUGCCGGUGUCAUUACCACCAUUGGGGGUGGGGCCAGUAGUGCGGGGCUCAGUGCGAAUCGGGGCAAUACCCAUCUGAAGAUUUCCCAGAGACUCACGUCCUCGUACAGUUUUCAAAAUUCCUUCUUCUACCUCCAGUUCCCUGACGACACUGAACUGGGACUCGAAAUCUCCAGGGACCGAGUUCUUCCCCUCCGCACGUUGUUGAAAACUCGACGGAAAUCCAAAUUCAAUCCCCAGAAACAAAGAUCGAAAUAUAUUUGCAUUCCCAAGUACGUGCGAGAAGCGGGGAAUCACUUCAUUUGGGAGUUCGUCGACGGAUACAACGUGAACGUCCCUGUCCACGUGGGAUUUCUCCAUCAUUACCGGGUGUGCGAAUUCGGCGGCAACGAUUGCGUCCAUACAGACUCGAAGGUGGACAAAACCGUGGCCUACCAAUACAAAAAACAGCUUGUCAGAAAUGUCAACACUAUAUUACAGGAUUUGGCAUCAAAGUGUAAUUGGACCUUGGACGAGUGGUUGAGAUCGGCAGCUGCCAAGAACGCGUCUAUAGCAGUUGAAACCGACAAAGCAUCGAUGCCUUCCACCAAAUCUGUUCCAAGCCACGUUCGCAAACGGCAAACGUCAAGACUUACUACAUAAAAAGGCUACUAAGCUACUAAGAUUUUAAACAAGCGUGAUUUCAAGAUUCAACAGUGAUAAACCCAAUUUUCGUUUGUUUCCAAAAAAUAUAAUCCUCAAAUUCAUUUGAAAACAAAAGUCACACGAUUGGCACAUUA